AAGAGGAAACAUGAACCUUGAAGAGUAUUUUGUGAGAACUGGUUAUAACGGUUCCCUUGAAAAACAAGAUUUGGAAACCUUAACUGAUAUAUUCCAGCACCACAUCCGUGCUGUUCCAUUUGAAAAUCUCAGCAUUCACUGCGAGGAGAAAAUUACUUUGGAGCUGGAUCAUAUUUAUAACAAAAUCGUGAGGAAGAAGCGUGGCGGCUGGUGCAUGGAGAACAACCAGCUCUUAGGCUGGGUCCUGAAACGCCUAGGGUAUGAUGCCAGUUUUCUGGGAGCAUAUGUAUUCAAUCCACAUCAAAACACAUACGCCACCCUCAUGACCCACCUCCUCGUAAAGGUAGUUAUUGAUAGCAAGGCCUAUAUCGUCGAUGGAGGCUUUGGUGUGUCCUAUCAGAUGUGGCAACCAAUGGAGCUUGUGUCUGGGAAAGACCAGCCACAGGCUCCUGGUGUCUUUCGCUUCACAGAAAAAAAUGCCAUCUGGUACCUGGAGAAAAUGAGACGGAAACAAUAUAUCCCCAAUCAAAAUUUCUCUAGUUCUGACCUUCUAGAAAAAAAAGAGUGUCGGAAAGUGUAUAUGUUCAGUCUUGAGCCACGGACAAUGGAAGAUUUCCGUUUCCAGUGCACAUACCUUCAGACAUCUCCCGACUCCCUGUUCACAAAGAAGUCUAUCUGCACCCUCCAGACCACUGAUGGCUUUCGAGCCUUAAUUGGAUGGACACUCACCGAGACUACAUACAAUUACAAGGAAAAUAUGGAUCUGGUGGAAUUCAUAACUCUUGAGGAUGAAGAGGUGGAAAAGACACUGAAAGAGAAAUUCAACGUAACUCUAGAGAGAAAGCUUGUUCCGAUUAAUGUCAAAGGAUUUUACACAAUUUAGACUACUGGAAAAACCUAUGCUAGGGCUACACAUUUACAGCAUCUUCCACGGUCUGCCCAAUCGCUACUGCAGGAUUACAGGAUUCCUUUGCAGACAAUUGAAGGAAAAAUACAUUAAUAUCAGAUUAAAGUAAAUGUCACGUUCAGGAGAAGGAAAAAUCAGGGAUAUCAUACUUUUCUGGCAGGCAGACAGAAUUAUUUGCUGUGAAAUGACUGAAGUUCAAUUUUUGGCAGAAAUGUAGAGACUGAUUCGAAUCUGGUCAUAAACUUAGGUAAGAAAUAUGUCUGGGGAAUUUUGGAGUGCCUAGAGCACAUAAAAUAGAAGUAAGGAUUAUUAAUUUUGAUAUGCUGCCAACACAUUUUUAUGGUUAUUAUGAGAAAAAACUCAUCUAUAAGCAUUUAGACAACUAUGUGCAGAUUUAAAACUUCACUUUUCACAAUAUCUAACCACUCACAGCUCAUCUCAUUUCCCUGUCUUUAAAAUGGGUGCAACAAUACUGUCACCUUUGAAAGGCACAAUUCAGAAGGCACAAUUCUUUCACCAUCAACCUCAAACAAAACGUAGUGCAAAAAGAUUAUUAUCAUGUGCCUACCCAAAGUAAUUUUUGGUACAUAUGUAUUUUUCCUAAGAUGCAAAUUGCAUCUAUUGCAGUGUUAAUUGUGACUGAUAGGUUCUAAGGAUAUACCUGCAAGUUUUGCUUCUCUUACAAAAAAAAAAAUCAUCCUAUUCUGGGGUGAAUUAGAAUACAAUGCUUAAAUGUGAGUCUCAACUGGCAGCUUUACCUCCAUCCAAAUGGGGUGGAAAUUUCAUAUUUUUACUGUUGCAAGUUAUUGCAUGUACACUGCAAGUUAUUAUAUGUAUAACAAAGGUAGAAUAAUGACACUAACCCCACUAUACCCUUAAUUGCUACACUGCCAUCUCUUUUGUGUAUAGCAAAUUUGGAAUUCCAUAUGGCUACCCCAAAUGAAUACCCUGUAGCACAGAAGCUUUAGGGUCACAAAUUAGUUUCUUUUCUUUAUCAAAGUGGAGAAAAAAAAAAAAAAAGCAAGGAGCCAACCAAAUCUAAAGGAACCUUUUUCUUUUCAAUUAUUUCACAAUCACAGUUCCCCAUCUUAAAGAAAUUGUUGUUCGUCAUCCCCUGCCAUGCUUCUCUGCAAAAAGCUCAAGCAAGCACACCACUGAGAAAGGGGAAAUAUUCUCAAUGUGCGGAAAAAAAAUAGCAAAAACACUGAAAAAACUCUUUCCUUUUUUUCCAUCUAUGAAAACCCUAAGUAUGGUUAAAAUGCUGAUUUCUCCCAAUGGUAAAUGUAUCCUUUUUGUUCAGAGACAUGAUUUGAUCAUAAAUUUCACGAAUGCUGUAAGUGAAUAUUUGAAAAUAAAAAAAGUAAAAAUAUUAAGAAUUACUGUAAACACAGACCCUCUCCCCGCCCCCCCCAUAACCACAUGAUCCUGGUACACUUGGUUUGCUAAGUAAAUCAGGGCUUUGCAGUCAAGCCGUCUGAUCUGCUGAGCAGUCCUGCUCACCAUGAAAUUCUUGAACUGAACAGGCCAAUAUCAUGCACGUUUGAUAAAAACGUUGGCAAUGCUAAAUCCCUACAGGUUACUGGACCAACAGCUCAUAGGCUGCCGAAGGAGACGGCUGCCGAAGAAGAGUCCCCAUAGUUCUCGUCUCCGCCGGGCUCAGCGGUCAGCACGCCGACAGUCCCGAGCCGGCCGCGCUGCCGGCUAGCAAUGGCCGGCUGACAGCGUGGCAAGGAAGGGAGGCUGCUGCGGUGGCAGCUGGCUGCCACGGCUGUGCGCAUGCAUGUGCUGGAACACGAGAACUGAGUGCAAAGUGGGAGGCAAUGCGGGGCACAAAGAAAGAGCUUACUGAGGUGAGAACUGAGUUUUUCCAUCAGUGGAACUAAGGACCUUUUUUUGUAUUUGUGUUAUUACUAUCUUCUAUUAAGGCCCCAUUAAAGAUUUUUACCCCUUUCUAAACGAUUGGUCAAAAUGAGGCGUUCCCCAAUACCCUGAGGAACGGUUAAGAGGUCAAAAACACUCAUGUGUCUACUUUAGCUGGCAGAAAUUCCAGAAAUUCCCAUCUGCGUUCCCUCAGGUCACCAAACCUCUCUGCUCUAUGCGUUGUUUUGUGGUGCGACUGCCUCUUGCCUUGAGGCCAGCCAUUAACAGACCAGUUAUUCUGCCUUCAUACUUCCCAGAUGUUUCUGCUGCUGCUUCCAGCUAAUCAUCACUCUUCCCUAUCUGCUGGGGCUGUGGUGUUGAGGACUUCUUGGGCAGAGGUCUAUGGACUCACACUGGCACUUCUAUCCACGAUUGCAAAGAUACCGGAUACCAGGAUACCACCUUCUGGUAUUCAGCUCUUACUGAAGAUCUAUAGGGUUGAAGAUGAUUCAAGCUUCAACUCUCCCUCUAACUCAAAUCUUUCCUAAGCACUCUCUGAAAGUGAUUUUUUUUUUCCUCUAGACGUGACAAAUAUAACCAGGUCCUCGCUGUGCAGCAUCAUAUCUGAGGAGGGAUUGUCAACACACACAGCUUAGGAACAGUUUCACAGUUUAGCUAAAGCCCCCAACAGCUGAUGAAAGCAAGAGUUGUUAAGGUAGGAAUGCCAAGCCCAAAAGGUCUCAAAGGUUUGAGAUGAGAAUGGUUUAAAAACAAACACACACACACAGGCAUCACACUGUGGUUGCAUUAGCAAGGCAUUACUGUAUAAAACAUGCUCUCCUAGACAAAGAGAAACAAGCACUUCCUUGAAGAAUCACCUCUCAGAGAAGCUUGCAUGCAGAUUCACAACUUAAACAACUGCAAGGUAGUGUUUUUGACAUCUUUCACCAGUAAUGUACUUGAAAGCUUUAUUAACAAUCUCUCUACAAGAAAAGUUUAAUGAGAUCCUAAACUAUUGUGCAGUUUUAGCUGCAGACUGCUGUUCAAAUGGAGUAGAAUAAACACUUUGAAACCCGACCAUGACUUUUAAAAUUCCAAAUGCAAUUUAAAAGCCUGGUAUUCUAAUUAGCAGAGAGAGGAGACAAUUUCCUUUUAAAUCUGAAUUCUGGAUUAAAUCGCAUUAGUUUUAAUAAGAAGUUGAUGCUCAGAUCCCAUUAACGGCUUUGCAUAAUCCCAGCCUAACUGCCCAUUACCCACACACACAGAGGCAAUGCCCAAUAGAAAAUGAGAGCCAUCAGUGACUAUUAAAUUGUAUAAUGAGUAUCUUACUAGGAAACAGCCACAGAUGACAGAAGAAACACGGUUCAAACUCCAUGGCACCACUGAACACCUCCCCCCUGCCGGCCGCCAAAGCAAAGCAAAAUUAUAAGCAUUAUAAUGCAUUACUAAAGGGAGGAUACAGGAUAGCUCGUUUCCGUUGGGCCCUGCUCCUGUGGUUUUUAAGAUCUAAAACUACAAAGGAUAGAAGCGUCAAGAAAAAUCAGCAAGAAAGAUGUUCAAUACUUGCACAUUCCCAACAUCAGCAGUUACAACAGCAAUAAACACUUUGAGCCUGUCAAAGGGAGGAACAAAAUUUCACAUGACAACAGACAUGCUUAACUGUAACACUGCGAACUGUCUGUGAGCACAGACUACAGCAUGCACCUUUCUUUGUUCAGUCUAACAGGUACAGUAGUGUAAUAGACACAAACACUUCUGGUGUCUGAUAUCUCUUUAAGCAAUAAAUUUUGGAGGUAGCUAUUUUCUUCAGCAAAAAUGCUUACUACUUAGUCCAAUUCACUUCUAUUCUCAAGGAAGUGAUACUUUUGAAUUAGAAACAUGGCUUAUGCAGCGUUUAAAAUUCUACAGCUUAGGAAGUUGUCCAUGAAAAUGGCAUUUGAGAUUACAUCAGAGCCAAGAAAGCUUGAGUUAAAGCUUACAUUAUAAAUAUUUCACUGCUACACUUACAUCUCUCUUGUAGCCUAGUCAGAAUUCAGAUUUUAUAUGGCAGAAUGUUUCUGCCUUGCUACCUUGAAUGUUUCUUCUAGGAAACCAGAGCCUGACUUGAAGUAAAUACAUACAUAUAUAUGAGUGUGUGUGUGUGUAUGUACAUGGUUGGAGAUACAGAUGGGUAUUUCGGAAGAUCCUGUCACAUACUUAAGUACCUGCUUGUAACUUCAGGCACUUAGAUACCUUAAAAAAAAAAAAAAA